AUGUCGAAGUGGCUCCCUAGCUCAACCUCCGCUCUGGCUGAACCCUUGGAGCAGGACAACGCAUCCCGCAAAAAAGAAGCGGGUGAUUCGAAUGUGCUUAUGACCCCGCCAUUUACGCCACUUAAGAGGUCGGAACAGUUUCUUGGGAAUAACAGUUCCCAACAUGUCCAGUUUCGAGGAAUGGACAAGUCACGAGGCAUGCUCAUGACUCCACCCACCACUAUCAAGCAUGAGCCGGUCGCUAACAAACCCAGAACGCCCCUGUCCGGACUUACGCCAACCUACAGGCUGUCUGGUAGGGCCUCGAGUAGAGGAAGUUCCCCAAACUCGCAGGAAUUACAUCCCCGAGCUAGUCCGAUCGAGUCUUUGACACAUCAAAUGAGCCUGCUUCCGAUUGAACCCCACCGUCCUCGGUCCGUGUCCAGUCCCAUGGAGCCGAGUUUCGAUCCCACCGAGAAUCCGACUUUGAAUCGCCUUCUCGCUCCCAAGUCAGAUUCACCAAGCCGUCUCGCCUUUGGUGUGCCUCUUGGGGACAGCUCUGCUGAGUACCGCAAACGCGCAGGCACAUUUUGCAGCACCCCUUCCGGCUCAUUCCGUUCCCUCGCCUCUGAUGUCUCGCCAGUCUCCUCGUUGCUGAACCAGCGCAAAAAUGACACACCGCCGGGCAGUCUUGGCCGUGCUGGCCAGAAUGUCAUAAAUUACCCUAAUAAUUCAUUCAACAUGUUUGCGGGUAUGUCUUCUCCGCUGGCGUUUGCAAACGUUGGCUCCUACCUGGGCUCGAGUCACCAGCGCGCCGAGGAUCCCGCGACUCUCUUAUUUCCUACAUCCAGAAAUCCAACCGGUUUUGCAUCAAGCGUCUCCAAGUCAACGCCGCAAUCAGCUUUACUGGUUGGUAACGCUGCUAGUGAUCGCCACCAGCGCUACCACACGGCCCCCACUGACAGCAGUCCACUUUUCCACAACGGGCGCCCUUCACUCCCCUCGUCGUCUAACGAAGGCACGCCGGGACCCCCCGGAUCGGCCCGUCGGAUUGAGGAGCGAUCUAUGUCCUUGAUAGGCUCUUCCCCAGUAGACCGAUUACAAUCCAAAUUGUUUAAUGCCAACUUCAGGCCCCGCUCCAGCACUGUGGCUGAUACGAGUGGCAGAAGGCCGAUGGGCAAUGCCAAAAGUCUUUUGAGUGUCAAUUGGGAAGGAAAUGAAUCCUCUCAAGAUCUUUCCGAACAAGCUACCGAAGUUGAUACACGCUCGGCUGCAGGUGGUCAGCUCGGAGAAUCUACAAUGUCCUCCUCUAACCGACUUCAACCGUGGGGUGUCAUGUCUGGUGCCACAUCGCCGCGAUAUUGCAAAGUCCUAGGUAUUCCUCCCAAAUUGUUGGGCAGUAUGAAAGGUAUCGUCCGAGUACGCAACGCGUUUGCGGCGUAUGGUGAUUUACUGGAUAUUCACGUGGAUACUUUGAGCCCUGUUGGCUUCAUCUUGGUUGGCUUCCAUGACACGCGUUCACUUCUUAACUUGAUCCAAAAUGGCGUUAAAAAUCUCGAGAACAAUUUUGGCUCUUAUCUGAAGAUGGAACCUUUGCAGCGCAGUGAUGUAAUUCAUCUCACACAAGACUUUGAGAACCCCGUUCUUUCCUCGAAUGAAGGCGCUCUCAAUUUGCGACCUCCGCCCAUGCUCAAUUCUACGGACCAAUACAACAAUAGCUUGUUGUAUCGCUAUGUUGGAGACCCGUACGCUGCUAAUUACGUGCUUCCGUGGAGCCAGCCAGUUAGUUUAGCUUUCAACUAA